AUGACGGAAGAAUCCGAUGGCCUCACCUGUUCCCCCAUGGGCACGACGAGCCUGGCAUCCCACUCGCGGCUGCGCGUCAUGCAGUGCAGCCCCCAGCGGGCGCAGGGUGAUGAAGUGCUUUUCAGGAGAUGUGAGGCACUAGACAGCAAUCUUGAGCAUCAUUGCAAACUGGCUGCUGUUGCACUGCUUCAUGUCCUGCAACAACAGCAGCAUCAACAAGAACAAGCGCUUCAGUUCACCAGUUGUGCACUCCGCCGCUCUGCCCCCGCCGGCCGGCGAGUCCCACCACCUGCGCUGCCGCCCUCGUCGAGGAAGCCGUGCUCCCGCGCCUACACGCACGACUGGACCGAGUGCCCCUUCGCCCACCCGGGGGAGAACGCCCGCCGCCGCGACCCGCGCCGCGUCCCAUACUCCUGCGUCCCCUGCCCGGACUUCCGCCGCGACCCGGCAGCAUGCCGCAAGGGCGACGGCUGCGAGUACGCGCACGGCGUCUUCGAGUCAUGGCUCCACCCGGCGCAGUACCGCACCAGGCUCUGCAAGGACGAGGUCGGCUGCCCCCGCCGCAUCUGCUUCUUCGCGCACGGCACCCGCCAGCUCCGCGCCGUCAACCCCUCCACCGCCUCCAUGGCCUCGCCAUCCCCGAGCUCCUCGCCUUCGCCGCCGCGCUCCUCCUCCUCCUCCUCCAGGCCGGCGCUCACGGCGUCGCUCAGCUCGCGGGAGCUCGACUUGGACGCGGACAACCAGAAGCAGUACGCGCGCAGGAUGAUGAUGGCCAGGGCAGGUGGUGGGACUCGCCGGCCGGCGGGGGCAGAGCGGCGGAGUGCACUUAAGGAAAAUAUAUACUGCUUGAAAGGAGAUAAAUGUAACUAUGUCUGCUAG